AUGUCCGCCGCUGCGGCGUCUUCGCUGCAGCUCGCAGACUACCUCGAGAAGCUGCCCGGCACCACCUUCAGGAAGCUGUACCAGCAGCCUUCGACGGCGUUUGCCAUAUUCCGGCGCAUGCUUCCGCACCUAGCCAAGACGCUCGUCAUGCGCAUCCUGUACAUGCCCAAGCCGAUGCUUCUCAGCGACCUGGACGCCUGGGUGAAACCAGACGCAAAGAGGCACCGAGACAAUGCGAUUGCGACGCUCAAGGGCCUCCACAUCAUCCAGGUGUCGGUGCCGUCCAAGGACAAGCCGCAGGAGGUGCAGCUGACGGCCAACUUCCGAAACUCGCUGCGCCUGGCCCUCACCGGCGGCGGCCAGCACGGCUCGUUUGGCGUGCCGUCGACGCUGCUCGUGCCGCCCGAGAUCGACGUCGCCUUCCUCGACCGCUACGCCCGCCGCAAGUGGGACGACGUGCUGCAGUUCGUCGUCUCCAGCGUCGGCUACAAGACGGCGGGCGACGUCGCCGGCGGCCCCAACAAGAACGUCAAGGAGCUCCUCAUCGCCGGCCGGCUGGUGGACCGCCGGCCCAGCGGCGCCAUCGGCAUCACCCAGGCCGGCUUCACCUUCCUGCUGCAGGAGCCCAACGCCCAGGUCUGGACCCUGCUCCUGCUGUGGCUCGAGGCCAGCGAGACCAACCGCGCCGCCGGCCUCGAGACGGUCGACAUGCUGUCCUUCCUCUUCGUCCUGGCCAGCCUGGAGCUCGGCCGAGCCUACGACACCACCGCCCUGACGGAGCAGCGCAGGAACAUGCUGCCCUCGCUGCUCGACUUUGGCCUGAUUUACGUUCCCCAGCACAAGCGGUCCAUGUUCUUCCCCACGCGGCUCGCCACCACCCUGACCAGCGGCGGGAGCAGCCUGCGCACAAUCAGCGACGGUGUCGCCGCCGCCACGGCCGCCGCCGCGUCGUCGUCGUCGUCGUCGUCGUCAUCAUCAUCAUCAUCAUCAUUAUCAACGACGCUGGCGUCGUCGUCGUCGUCGCCGUCGUCGUCAGCAGCAGCAGCAGCAGCAGCAGCAGCGGCAACGUCGUCGCCGUCAACAGCCGCCGCCGCCGCCGCCGCCACCUCGCAGCCCGCACCCCCCGGCUCCUCCAGCGACCAAAAGGGCAGCGUCAUCGUCGAGACCAACUACCGCAUCUACGCCUACACCCAGUCCACGCUGCAGAUCGCCGUCCUCGCCCUCUUCUGCAAGCUCACCAUGCGCUUCCCCGACAUGGUGGCCGGCCGCGUGACCCGCACGUCCAUCCGCCAGGCCAUCAACUUCGGCAUCACCGCCGACCAGAUCAUCGCCUACAUGGCCGCCCACGCCCACGAGCAGAUGCACCGCGCCGCCGCGCUGACCAACAAGCCCAUCCUGCCGCCCACCGUCGUCGACCAGAUCCGCCUGUGGCAGCUGGAGAACGAGCGCAUGAAGACCACCGGCGGCUUCCUGUUCCGCGACUUUGACGACCACAAGGAGUUUCUCGACACGGCCCGCUUCGCCGAGGAGAUUGGCGUCCUGGUCUGGAGGAGCGACCGGUCCGGCAUGUUCUUUGCCAACAAGUACGAGCAGAUUCGGGACUACCUCAAGAGCAGGAAGCGCGUCGAGUAG